AAAUCUGUAUUGUGUCUUUGGUUGCAUAUUUUUGUAAACUGCUAUAACUAUAUUUUCAGAGGUUGUUACUAUGUAAAAUAUAUCUGAAUCUACUGUAGUCUUUUUUGUUUUAACUAAGUGGCAAUAUCCAAGCACGUUGGCACCAGCUGUUAAAUAAAUUUUGUGAUUUGAUAACAAUUUUGCUGUCGCUUGAAAAAAAAUAUAGAAAAUUAACUUCUAAAGUUAAAAGAAAAUAAUAUUGAAUUUUCUAGAAAUGGCCGGCAAUAAAAUGCUCUUUCAAGCAGUAUUAAAUACAUUGCAUCGCUUUAAUCGGUUGUCAAAUAUACGUACUUACUCUACACAUAAAGAAAUACUCAAUCCUGCAAUAGCUAAACGUAAUGAAUUGUUCACGGAAGAGCAACGCCGGCAAAAGGAAGCUGUUGGUAGAGUAGAAAAAAUUGAAGUGCGUUAUUUGGGUUUACCCGAGGAUGUCACGCUAGCUAUGAACGCCUACAUAUCUACACCUUACAAUUGCGCGCAGCAUUUAAGUGAUGGGCAUUGCAAACGCUCCGCAUUAGCAUUAAAAGAUGGAAAUGUACCAUGGGAUAUGCACCGGCCGCUAACAGAAUCUUGUACAUUACAGUUGCUUAACUUUACAGUAGCUGAUCCACAUUUAAUAAAUAAAUCAUUCUGGCGCACAUGCAGCUUCAUGUUGGGUGCAGCACUCGAAAAGAGCUUUUCUGAUGAAGCACAUUUGCAAUUACAUAGUUUCCCCGGACCAAAUAUCAAAUCAGGCAGUUUUGUUUACGACAUAGUGCUGCAAGCGCAAUCGUGGCAACCCAGCAAAGCUGAAAUGCGUGCUCUGUCUGCAGCGAUGAUUAAAUUAGCCGCAAAAGAUUUGAAAAUCGAACGUCUUGAUGUAAAUAGCGAGCUGGCACUGGAAAUGUUUGCCGAUUCGCGUUAUAAGCGAGAGCAGUUGCCCAGCAUUGCACAGCAGAAUCAAGGACGUGUCACGCUUUAUCGCAUGGGCACACAUAUAGAUAUAUCACGUGGUCCAAUGGUGGCCUCAUCACGUUUCCUUGGCAAAUGUACGGUAGCCGCAGCACAUAAGAUUGCUAAUGAGGGUGAAAAAGAUGCUUUGUAUCGUGUACAAGGUGUUGGCUUGCCAGCUGGCUUUACCUUGGAUCAUGUAUCGUAUGGCACGCUGGAAGAACGCGCUAAGAAAUUGAACCCUGCCCGUUUGCCUAAUGAGCCUUUUGAAGAAACACACCAACAGAUAGCAUGAAUAUCAUGAAUUGCAUUGAUUAGUUAAAAAAGGUUUUUGUUUUACUUUAAUUGUAAUAAAUAAUUAAAUUAAAA